AUGGACGAGCAUCUAGCGGUUCCUCUUUCUGUCCUUUCCCGCAUUCCGUUGGGUGUUGGGAUUGUGAUCCUCGCGAUCCUAGGUUAUGUCAUCUAUCAAGUAUAUUUCCAUCCAUUAGCCAAAUACCCGGGUCCAUGGCUAGGAAAAUUCACCGAGGCUGGGGCUGCGUAUCAUGCCGUCAAGGGGGACUUGCAUCUGCACAUUUGGUGGUGUCAUCAGAAAUAUGGUCCCGUUAUACGGUAUACACCGAACUUGGUCAUCUUCAACACGGAAAGUGGUUUGAAAGAUAUCUACGUGCGGGGGAAAGACCUCCGCAAGGAUGUCCACUAUGGGGUGAUCCAACUAGGCACGAAGAACCUUCUCACAGUGACAAGUCCUAAAGAACAUGCAAAACGGAGUAAAAUCAUCGGACCAGGGUUUACAAGCACCGCCAUGCGGGAAUUCGAGCCAAAGCUCUUGUCCCAUGUUCACAAGUUCCGCGACGCCCUCUAUCCCUCGCAAACGGACACAUCUCGCAGCUCAUGGGGACCACCGAUGGUCAUGUCGGAGUGGUGCAGCUAUUUCGCGUUCGACGUGAUCACCGAACUAGUCUUUGGCAAGGCGUGCAAUUUGCUCGGGAGCCAGCAGUUUCAAUGUACGGUGUAUGAUAUCUCAGGGAUGAUGAAGCGCUUGUCGCUGUUAAUGUAUGCGCCAUAUGUGUUUCUCGGUCGGCUGGACAAGAAGUUGUUCAAGGACGAGGUCCGCGGGAUGAAGCGGUAUCAUCGACUGGUCAAUAGCAUGAUGGCGGACGCGGCCAGUAUGUCGGGGCAUGUUCUGAGUCGGUUGACCAGCGCCCGUGAUAGUGUCACCGGCCCGAGCUUCACUGACGCGGAUGUGUAUUCCGAGGCGGCAAUGCUGGCCGUUGCUGGAUCCGAUUCCACCUCCGUCAGUCUAUGUGCGAGUCUCUUCUACCUCGCAACGUACCCUCACGUGUGUGCGAAACUGGCGCAAGAAAUCAGAAGCGUCUUUCCAACGGCCGAUGACAUCCGCAGCGGCCCCCUGAUGCAGCAAUGCACAUACCUUCAAGCCUGCAUCAAGGAGACCCUGCGGAUAUCGCCAGCCGUGGCAGGAUGCCCGUAUCGUCGGGUCGAAAAAGGCGACACGCUCAUUGUAGAUGGCAAUGUGAUUCCGGCCGGGUGCAGUGUUGGGACAGGCAUCUACAGCAUCCAUCACAACCCAUUAUAUUUCCCCCAGCCGGACAAGUUCAUCCCCGAGCGAUGGCUAUCGGAACAAUCCGAAGCCGGGACAGGUCAACUCGACGUCAGUUCAGCCGCCUACGCGCCGUUCUCGCAAGGCUCACGAGCGUGCAUUGGGCGACAUCUGGCGCAGCUGGAGCUGCAGCUGGCGCUGGCGAGCAUUGUGUGGAGCUACGACUUCCGGCGGCCAGAUACGGCAGCCGGGGCGAUGGGGGCAGGAUACUCAGGGGCGGGAGUUGGGCGAACGAACCCGCAGGAGUUCCAACUGUACGAUCACAUCAUUAGCCAGAAACGAGGGCCGGUCCUUCAGUUUCGGCCUCGCACGCGGUAG